AUGCAGACUUUCCCCAUCCUCAUAUCUCUUGUCUUAGCUGGCUCUGCGGCUUCUCAGCAAAUUUGGGAUAUUUGGCAAACAACAUGGGAUCGUUCAAAGCUCUUCAGCUCCUUGUCUCCUACUUCCCCCAUCAACUUCGUCACGCCAGGUCCGAUUGGCAGCGCGGAUAUCAUCGUCAACGAUGCGAUAAAAUUUCAGACUAUUGCUGGUUUUGGAGGCUCUCUCACCGACUCAUCUGCUCUCGUUUUGAACAACUUGAAGUCAACCAACUCUCAAAAUUACUGGACGUUGCUGAAUCAUAUGUUCUCCCCAAAGUAUGCCGCUAACGCCGCUGGUCUCAAUUACAUUCGUGUUACAGUUGGAGCCUCUGAUUUUUCUGCGAACCUUUAUAGUCUAGACGACAGCAGCGGUGAUACAUCUUUCAGCAACUUCAAUAUCAACAAGGUCCCAUCCUAUGUUUUUUCCGUUCUCAAGGAUAUUCGGGGGAUCAAUUCUAAUCUCAAAGUCCACAUCAUCCCACGGUCCCCGCCAGGUUGGAUGAAAGAUAGUGGGAGUAUGAAUGGCGGAUCCUUACAGUCAAAAUACGUCCCUACUUAUCCUACGUACCUUCUCAAAGCCGUACAAGGUUUUCAAAGUCAAGGAAUCGCCAUUUAUGCAAUAUCUAUUCAGAAUGAACCCCAGAAUAACAAUCCUACAUACCCCACCUGCACAAUGUCGCCCGCUAUUGAAGCUCUGAUUGGCGCCGCACUGCGUACGCUCCUCAAUAUCAACGGUCUUUCAACUGUCAGAGUCAUUGGUUACGAGCAUAACUGGGAUGACGCUGGGGAAUACCCAGUGGCUCUGGACCUCUGGACGCUGGAAACUCCUUCGCCGGCGUGGCGUUUCAUUGCUACGCUGGAGCUGUUUCUAACCAAGAUUCCUUCCACAACUCCUUCCCAGCCAAGGAAAUCUACUUCUCAGAUGGUACAUGAAACGUACUUUCAGCCCGCUGCUGCCAACUACCACACUCCUCCUGUUCACCCCCAGCAACGACAGCGGGGAUACCGUAUUUGCGACCAAUGCCGUACUCCAGAGACCCAAUCUCUUAAGUUCCGCUUCUGUGGAGGUUGUCUGACGACCCAAUAUUGUACUGCCAACGCGACCACUGGCCCCACCAUAAAGCAAUCUGUCAGCACACCGCGGUCGGUAUCCAAAGCCGCCAUUGCCGCUGCGUCUUCCUCCCCAGCCGCAGACGAACACCUCGCGAAGAACCUCCGCAAGUUCGCUUCUGCCCAUACGGCGUUGUUGGGCUGGGCUGGUUUCCAGGCGUUGCAACUCAAACGUGUCCCGGCUAAUAUUAGGCAAAACGCAUUGCUCAUUGACUUGAGCUACCAUCCUCACGCUGAGUCGCAUCGUCGAUUUUCGAUACUCUCGACCCACAUUGUACCGAGGACCUACGUCCAUGACCCGCUCGUCAUAGCUGACAUCCAGCGGCGCGAGGAACGGUGCAGGUAUAGCGGGGGCAUUGGCACGCCCGUCGUCAUUAUCCAAUGUGGCGGUGUCUCCCAAGUUAUGCCCGUUGAAGUCGAUCCGCCUGCGAAGAUUACGUGGGACUCGAGGGACGAUUGGGCGAGUGUGCUCGCGCUCUUUGUGGAGAGCGGAAGGACGGAUUUUAAGCCGAUAUCGACUACUUCAAGGGGGGUGUAUUAUGGAUGA